AUGUGGACGACCAAGACGCCUCGCCUGCUGCGCGCCGCCGCGGCGCGCCACCAGCAUAUCGCCAACAGCUCGACGUUCCGCGUGCUGGGGCUGCAGCAGGUGGCCGUGGGGGGUCCCAGCAAGAGCGCGCUGAGCCGGCUGUGGGUGGACACGUUCGGGCUGGCCAAGAAGGGGUCCUUCCGCAGCGAGCGCGAGAACGUGGACGAGGACAUUCUGCAGUGCGGCCGCGGGCCGUUCGCCGUCGAGGUGGACAUUAUGCAGCCCAUCGACGCGGCCAAGGCGCCCAAGGUGCACGUGCCGCCGCUCAACCACAUCGGGCUCUGGGUCGACGACCUGCCCGCGUGCGUGGACGCGCUCACGCACAAGGGCGUGCGCUUCACGCCCGGCGGCAUCCGCAAGGGCGCCGCGGGCUUCGACGUGGCCUUCAUCCACCCCAAGGGCAACGAGGCGGCCCCGCUGUCCGGAGAGGGCGUGCUCAUCGAGCUCGUGCAGGCCCCGGACCACAUCAUCAAGGCCUUCGACGCGGUCAAGGAAGACUGA